CUAGUCGAAAGACCAUCAGAUAAACAAUUAGCUUCGUUAGUUUCAAUUUAUUUGAUAAAUUUACUUUAUUAUCUUUGUGUUUUUUUAACAAAACUUUGAUAACUUAAUUGAUUCACAGCGCCAUUGUGCGGGAUUUUUAGUAAUAUUGUGUGUGACGCAAUUGGAAUUCGUCCUUUCCGUCGCGCUACUGUGAGUAGAACAUGUCGUAUACAUCUGAACGAAGAAACGAGGAUCAAUGGUCUGGCGACUCUAAAAAUGGUCCAAGUGAAAGUGAAUCAUCUAACUAUGGAGGGCCUCCCGGAAUGGACCCGGAUGGUGUUAUUGACAGCAACUGGGAUCAGGUGGUCGAAAGUUUUGAUGACAUGAACCUAAAGGAAGAACUUCUUCGGGGUAUCUAUGCUUAUGGUUUCGAAAAACCAUCUGCUAUUCAACAACGGGCAAUUGUACCAUGUGUAAAAGGUUUUGAUGUUAUCGCUCAAGCCCAGUCAGGUACUGGAAAAACAGCAACAUUCUCUAUUUCUAUACUGCAGCAAAUUGAUACAAAUCUGAGUGAAUGCCAAGCAUUGAUUCUCGCUCCAACUCGUGAGUUGGCUCAGCAGAUCCAAAAAGUGGUAAUUGCUCUUGGAGAUUUUAUGCAUGCUCAAUGCCAUGCAUGUAUUGGAGGAACAAAUGUUCGUGAAGAUAUCCGGAAACUUGAGCAAGGAGCUCAUGUGGUAGUCGGAACACCAGGAAGAGUUUAUGACAUGAUAAGUCGACGUGCACUUCGUACAAAUAACAUAAAACUAUUUGUACUCGAUGAAGCUGAUGAGAUGUUAUCCCGUGGUUUCAAGGAUCAAAUUCACGAUGUUUUCAGGCUACUUCCCCAUGAAGUACAGGUUAUUCUAUUAUCUGCAACAAUGCCCACUGACGUAUUAGAAGUUUCUAAAUGCUUUAUGCGUCAACCAAUUAGAAUUUUGGUGAAAAAAGAAGAAUUAACGUUGGAAGGUAUCAAACAAUUUUAUGUCUUCGUUGAACGUGAAGAUUGGAAAUUCGACACUCUGUGUGAUUUGUAUGAUACUUUGAGUAUUACUCAGGCUGUAAUUUUCUGUAAUACACGUCGCAAGGUUGAUUGGUUGACAGAAAAUAUGCAACGCCGUGAUUUUACCGUUUCGGCAAUGCAUGGAGAUAUGGAUCAAAAAGAACGUGAUCUAAUUAUGAGACAAUUUCGCACAGGGUCUUCUCGUGUCCUUAUUACGACUGACCUUUUAGCACGUGGUAUUGAUGUACAACAAGUAUCACUUGUUAUUAAUUAUGAUCUUCCUUCCAACCGAGAAAAUUAUAUCCAUAGAAUUGGUCGUGGAGGUCGGUUUGGACGUAAAGGAGUAGCCAUCAACUUUAUUACCACGGAUGACAAACGAAUCAUGAGUGAUAUAGAAGCGUAUUACCACACUCAUAUUGAUGAGAUGCCAUUAAAUGUUGCUGAUUUGAUCUAAAUCUGGCUGUUGGCUGUAUUUCAUUAUAAUAAAAGCAAAAAAAUAAUAAAACGUAAGUGAAAUAACAAGCUCUCAGCUGAUCUCUCUGAUGGUGUGUGAGUAUAUUGGUCAAAUUAGGUGAAUCAUAUCGCUUGUGUAACGCGACUUUAGGGUUUACAUUACCCUCAUCUUGGAUUACUCUCUAUAUAAGCGAAUAUAAAAUAUAAAUAAAUAUUAAACACUAGGUAGUGGUGAUUUGUUUUGGAAGGUUCAAUUAAUUCAUAUUUUUAUUGUUUAAUAAAAACAGCAUUUAUUGCUGUUGCCACUACAUUAUUUAACAUAGUUGUCAUUAUUAAUAUCAUAUUAAUUAGCAUUAUAUUUACGGAGAGAUAGGAUCAGAUUAACAGUUGGGUGUCGGGGCCAUUUAGGCCCGACUUGACGGCUUCUUAGCUGUCUAAGGGUUUUUUGGGGUGUACAGAUAAUGUUUUUGGUUAGCAAUAUGCAGUCAAUUUCAGUAAUUUUUGCAGGUUUCAAUGUUAUUCAUCUCCUCGGGAAUACUAUUAUGAUUAUGAUUAUGAUUAAUAUUAUUAAUAUUACUCUUCCGGUUUUCAACGUUUCUACUUCGACUCAUAAUACUAGUCGUUUUGACAAAUAUGAGCUCUUUGUGUUAUGUAUCACACUUAUUCAGUCUACAUUUCGUAUUAGACUCGUUUGUCUACGCAAAAAUUCAGUUGGUUUUUGGAAAGGAUACUUUAAUCACAAGCGGUGCCGAAGAAAAUGUAUUUUCCAGCCUUAGAUAGUAUCAAUUUUUGUACAUCAAUAAUAUUAGAGGUAACUUUCUAUAUGAAAUAAAAUGUUUAACAUCUGUAAUUUAUUAAAUAUA